AUGCCGACAUAUAAACCUCUGGGAACUAGCGUUCAUCUGGCUGCAUACAGCCUUGUGGACAGCACUUCGAGUAAACCGCAGCGUUCCAAAAAUGCAGCGGGCAGCGACACAAAACGUGCCGAGCAAGCUCUGUUGACCGCACCAGCGCUGGCCGAGACUCAUGUUCCUUGUUUUGGAGACAGCACACGACUACACUUCCUUGGCGAUGUUCCUUUCUAUCUUGUUCAAGUUGGCGGCGACUGCUUCAAGCCGAAAAACUUUACACUAGAUGAGCGUGUCAAAGCCCAGGUCAGUCAAAACCAAGGCGGUGAAGACGAAGCCAGCCAGAAACAGACCUCCGUGAGUCAAAUUGAUUCUGGAGAUGAACGGACUCGGUCAAAGUCUGGUGGGCUUGUAUCAAGCCGCGGGUCAGGGCUAUCAAAGGACAUCUCUAUACCCAGAGCUCUUGGUCUCGUCAUCAAAUUGCCCCAGAAGACGUUUCUGCCGUCUUUUGAGACAAAAAAGGGAGCGUACCGCAGUCAAUCGAAAUUUCGAUGUGUCAAAUAUGAUGUUUUCUUCAAUGGCGAGCUGGCAGUGAGCGAUUUUCAACCCGCUCGAUAUCGAUAUGGCCGGGCUGGAACAACGCAGCCACUGUUUGAAGACGGCAACAUUCGUAUUGUCUCAGGAAAGCGUGUAGGGCUGCUUGUCGAGCGACCGUGGAUUAUCCUGCCACCAUCACGAAACACACAAGAAGGCUUACGAGAAGUCAAGAGUGAUGAGAUGGCUACAGAAGGGGCCGCAGAGAGAUGGCACGCUUUGAGCAAAGCCUUGUUGCGACGUGCUGAAGAACAAGGAUACAAUUCGCGAGAAGAGAGAAGCCCCCUUGGUCAAUAUUUGGCAAACCUUGCAUCGAUGGAAAUGCCCGAGUCUGUUAGGCAUAUGCAGAAGCCAGGAGGUCAUAAGUUCGGUGUCAUAGACGUGAUCAUCACUGCAGGCUCAGGUGGGAAAGGUCAAGGCCCCCAUCGAUAUUUGUCUGGCCCAGAGCCGCUUUGGGAUUCAAAGAAUUUUAAACGCAUGCCUGAAGUAUGGCAGACUGUCCAACAGAGGGACCAACUUCUAAAGCAACAGAGUCAUGACUUAUCUGCCGGAAAUACUAUGAAAUCUACGCCCAACAACGAAAGAAUAACAAGAACUUGGAAACUCGGGACCGAAAGCAUUGCUACGACACGACAAAAACGCAAAGUUGCAACCCCAGCUACAUACAGAGAUCUGUCGCGGCGAAGAACACUCACAUCGGCCCCAGAACAUAGCACUUCAACGCAGUCAAAACGCCGUCGUAUCUUACCAGAUUUCCCUGCUGUCCCUCAGCUUGAUUUCAACGACGUCAUUGCGAUUACACCUACCAAAGCUGAAGAAGCUCGCAAACAGAGAGGUAAUCAAACCGGUAGUUCACACUCUGCACGUAUUCCAUUUUCAACCUCUAUGACGAAGCGCCGCCUUGUUGAUACUAUUUCGGUCGAUGAAAGCGAGUCUCCAUCUCACAAUGGGACCUGGAAUGCUCGUCCAGGUGCAGUCGCCGGCAGCAAGAGCGUAUCCGGGUAUAUGGGAAUGACUAAGCGCGGAGUAUUCAGGAAGAGAGCAAAUACGACAUCAGCAGAGCAGCAAGCACCGACCUCUGAGAUUCAGACUGCAGAUGGAGAGCUAGUGGCGCAGGAAAAAGAUAUGUGGACAAUAAAACGUGUUUUUAUUGGCGGAAAGGACGCGCCGAUCAUAGAUAAGGUCCUCAGUUCACCAUACAGCCUCCAAAAGAGGUGCAGGCUGGGCUUAAGCCCGUCUGUGAAUCAUCAGCCGCUCGACGAAUCAGUUGUAUUUGGAUUGAGAAAUGUUAAUACCUGGAAUGCUGCUACAAAGGUCCAAUCACUUGCGGCUUCAUCUACUUCACUCAGCACAGCUCUACCGGCUGGGCUUGCACCACAGCCGGCCACAAAUCAAACGCGACUUCCUGACGCAAGCUUUUCGCUUAGAUCAGCAUUGUCUUUGCCAUUGUCACUCAACACAGGCCCACAACCUCAGUCGAAAUUCGGCGAUCCAUUGGAGGAAACUCGAGCGACCUGGCGCAUGCCAGAACUUAGUAAGGACUGUGUAAUCAGCUUUGCUGAGGAAGGAGAAUGGCUCACUGCUGCAGGUAAAGGCAGCGUGCUCAGGCACAUCAGGAGUAGCCGUGCGGGAAAUUUUACGGAGCAUGAGGUCAUAUUUGCUGUGAGAUACAUUGUUGCGGGUGAGUCGCAGGAGUGA